CACAGAUUAAUUGAGUGUGUGUAAGGAUAAGACAAGUAGAGAAUUAUUUUAAGGUUAACGGCGUGUGGCGGUACCAACAUUUCUAACUAAUCCAAGUAUUCAGAAUGUGAUUGUUAAUUAGGUUCGAGUCGUUGCUUUAUUAUGACAUUUGGAACGGCGUCUCAUUCCGUGGAAUGUCAGCCAAACUACGCAUUCCAAAUUACAAAGAACAUUGGCCGCAUCACUCCCGCAGAAACAAGUGGUGAAAUUGUGUUGAGGGUUACGGAUAAAGGUAGUGUCGCAGGAUAAUUGCCGAUUUUCGUGUCUUUUAAGCGUCCGCUCCGCGUGAAAAGUGUGUGUUCCACCCGCGACAUCACCGUCAAAUGCGUUAACAAAAAUGUCGUCUGAGGAAAUAGACUCGACCACAAAACAAGAGAACGGCGGUGCACAGUUUCCCGCCAACACGACAGCGUCAAUUUCAGCAAAUAGCCAAAAGCGAAAAUUGUCUCAAGAUGAUUCGAGUUCAGACGACGCUAAAAGGCUAAGAGCAAACAAUGGUGGCGCCAACAAUGCGCCUGCAAGUUCAAAUACCGAUGCUGCACCACAAAUUGUAGUGGGCGAGCAGGGGCCCCCUGCAGUAUCGGGAAGUGCAGACCCCGCCGCGGUCGUUAAAGUAGAAAUCAAGGAGGAACCAGCGGAGCAUGCCGAAGAAGGAACAGAAGUAAAGACCGAGCCCGAUGAAGCCGCAGUUAAGGAGGAAGCAACGUCCUCGGUUCGCGACUCCUGCCAGUAUGGAAUCAAGUGCUAUCGGGGUGGUAAAUGGAAUAUCCUUCAACUUAAACUUUUCCAUAGAUUCGCGAACUCACUUCCAGUGUGGAAACGUACGGGGCGAAAACCGAGAAGAUCGAAAAAUAACAUGUGGAACGACCUAUGCAUACAAAUGAAUAAGUUAGCUCCACCACAGCAUUCAAUGAAGACAUGGAAAAAAAUUUGGUUGCGUUAUGUUCAAACGAGGCUUCUCCGAUUAGAUACACAGAAAAUGAUCGCUCCCAAUCCGGCGAAUGAGGAAAAUCAAACUGAAAAAGAAAAUGCUUCAACGGAAACUAAGUCAAAUCAAUCGAAUACGAGUGAUUCGUCUGUUGGUUCUCGAACUUAUGAUACUGACUCUGGCAUCACCUCAUCUCACAUUACAAAUGAAUCAGUAGAUAUCAACAAGCAAGCUAUCGAAUCGGAUGAGAAUCGUAUGAAGGAUCAGAAUUUGGAUCAGCAGGUUGCGGUUCAAAUUCAAAACACUGACCUUGGUGUGGUAUCAUCUCACAUUGCAAAUAAAGCAGCAGAGAUAAAUGAGAAUUGUAUGAAGAAUCAUCAGGAUCAAGGUUUGCAAUCAGAUAUCGGUGCUCAAACUAAUAAUACUGAUCUUAUUAUGGCACCAUCUCCUAUUCCAAAUGAGAGUGAGAGUUGUAUAAAUUCAGAAUUACAAGGUGAUAGAGAUGAGGUUACCAGCACCAUCGUCAUCGAUGACGAUGAUGACGUCAUUGUAGAACGUAAUCGAACGGACUUCACAACAAAAGCUCCAAAAGCUAGUGCAGAUCACUUAACAAAAUCUGAAAAUCAAUCAGAGAAUGACUAUUUCACAUCGUUGAUUGAAGUAUUAGGUGAAGCAAAUACGAUCGCAGAGGAGGAGUUAAAGGUCAUUCGGACAUUGGAACAGAAUCAAGAAAAGUAUCGUAAAGAGAAACUUGAAAUUUUUGAAAAAGAAGUAUUGGCAAUUGAGGCCAAAGUGGAAAGUUUGGAGAAGAAACAAGCAAAAGUAAUUAUUUUGUAAACCCCUUCCCAAUUACAUUCAAACUAUGUUUAAUCUUUAAAGAGAAUAAUAGACUCCACUAGAAAUUGUUUAAUUAUGAAAUGCAUUCAAAUAUCUAUUUUACCGUGUUUCGGUAUAAGAUGUCUUACGAAAUAGUUAAUUAUAAGCGUUUUGUUCCAGAGGUAGUAUACCUUGUAUUUUCGUUUGUAAUCAAUAUGAAUGGAUUACGAGUAUGUAUGAUAAAAAUUUGUCUCACUUUUUUUAAUAUUUAAAAUAUAGACAAUAGUUGCGAUAUCGCAACAGGAUUUUUCACUUUAGUUAGAAGUUGCAGUUUCAUUUACCCUCAGGUGUUUCCAUAUAUUGCUCGUUGUGGCUAUAUAGAAGCUUUGAGAAAUAUAAAGUUUAUAAGAUAGUAAAUGUAUCUCUAUUUAAGUUUAGAAUAACAAAAAAAAAUUAAAAAAUUACAUUUUUAUUGCGCAAUUUCUAUAUACGCACUUGCACUUUUAAGCCUAUUGAAAUAAAUAAACGCAUAUUGACUGGUUA